AUGUCCGCAGACUCGACACCAAUCUCUGCGGAGCAAUUCGCCCUUGCGAUACAAGACCUACCGGUCGAGAAUAUUUAUUCAAAGGCCCACGAAAUCCGAAAUUCCAUAUGCCAUCUAGAACGUUCGAACCAGCAGUUGAAAGCGUACAUUGACAGCAUCAAGACAGACACCUCGCUUCCGGAGGAUACUAGACAAGAAGGCGAUAAAGACUGCUCAGAUGCGAUCCACGAAAAUGCAAUUGUGAUCAACCGACAGAAAGAGAGAAUAGACCUGUUAAAACAGGAAGUGGAAAGAAGAGGUGGUCGCUGGCAUGAGGCAGACAACGGAGGGAAAGUCAAUGGCAGCUCCGAAGAGUCAGUCCCAAAUGGAGAAGCGCAGGCGACGAGUCGAGGCACAGGCGGUGGACGGUUGACUGACGAUGAGUUGAGACGGCAAAUGAUGGAACGAAUGGCGGAAGACGACAAUAACGAAGACGAAGGCAUGCAUUUGUGA